CGGAUGUUUUACUUUGACAUUUCGAAGGGUGGAGCUCGUCAUUUACGGAUUUUUUAAAUUGCGCAUCUCCCUUGCAAAACCCUUUUAAGGGUUUUGAAAAAAAACCGAAGGAUGGCUACAGAUAAAGUGACAUUGGGAGAUGCUUUAUCAAAUGUAGAUGUUCUUGAUGAGUUUACCUUGCCUGACGAACAACCGUGCAUCGAAGCACAACCUUGUUCUGUUGUCUACCAAGCAAAUUUCGAUACAAAUUUCGAAGAUCGGAAUGGAUUUGUUACUGGAAUCGCCAAAUAUAUCGAGGAAGCUACGGUGCAUGCGAGCUUGAAUGAACUUUUGGAAGAAGGUUUGGAACAUGCGGUUAUGCUUUAUACUUGGAGAUGUUGUUCUCGUGCAAUUCCACAACCAAAGUCUAAUGAGCAACCAAACAGGGUCGAAAUUUAUGAGAAAACUGUCGAAGUCUUGGCACCCGAAGUUAACAAAUUAUUAAACUUCAUGUACUUCCAGAGGAAGGCAAUCGAAAGAUUCUCAGCAGAAGUGAAGAGAUUAUGCCACCAUGAAAAGAGGAAAGAUUUUGUAUCAGAAGCUUAUCUGUUAACCUUGGGCAAAUUUAUUAAUAUGUUUGCUGUUCUUGACGAGCUCAAGAACAUGAAGUCCAGCGUCAAAAAUGAUUAUUCGACUUACAGAAGAGCCGCUCAAUUUCUAAAAGUGAUGUCAGAUUCGCAAACUCUCCAGGAAUCCCAGAACCUUUCGAUGUUCCUCGCGACCCAAAAUAAAAUUCGCGACACCGUGAAAGAGAAUUUGGAAAAAAUUCCCGGAUACGAGGACCUUCUCGCUGAUGUGGUGAACAUUUGUGUUCACAUGUUUGAGACAAAAAUGUAUUUGACACCAAACGAGAAACACAUGUUGGUCAAAGUCAUGGGCUUCGGGCUUUUUCUGAUGGAUAGCGAGUUGUGCAAUAUUAACAAAUUAGAUCAGAAAAAGAAAGUGAAACUGGAAAGAAUCGACAGAAUCUUUAAGAAUUUAGAAGUCGUGCCCUUGUUUGGCGACAUGCAGAUCGCUCCUUUUAAUUAUAUCAAGCGAUCGAAACAUUUUGAUGCUUCCAAAUGGCCCUUAUCUGCUUCUUCGAAUAGUAUGAGUCCUCAGGCAGAUUUGAUGGUUCAUCUUCCACAGAUCAGAGAGGAUCAUGUUAAAUAUAUCAGCGAAUUGGCGAGAUACAGCAACGAGGUGACAACAACCUACAAAGAAUGUGGAAGCGACUCGGAAAAUAGGGAAACUUCAGAAUUAGCUCUCAGAGGUCUUCAAUUAUUGUCUCAGUGGACAAGUGUCGUCACCGAACUUUAUAGCUGGAAAUUACUUCAUCCAACGGAUCACCACAUGAAUAAAGAAUGUCCCCAGGAAGCUGAAGAAUACGAAAGAGCAACGAGAUAUAAUUACACAGCAGAGGAAAAAUAUGCCCUGAUUGAAGUGAUUGCAAUGAUAAAAGGACUUCAGGUUCUAAUGGCAAGGAUGGAAACGGUUUUUGUCGAUGCUAUUCGUCGCAAUAUUUAUGCCGAACUUCAGGACUUUGUGCAACUGAUGUUGAGAGAACCUCUUAGAAAAGCGAUUAAGAAUAAAAAGGACCUGAUUAGAAGUAUUAUUGUCUCUGUGAGGGAAACUUGUGCUGAUUGGCAUUUUGGAGUCGAGCCUCUCAGCGAUCCGGCUUUAAAAGGCAAAAAGGAUCCAGAUAACGGAUUUGGGAUCAAAGUUCCGAGAAGAAAUGUCGGUCCGUCCUCGACUCAACUUUACAUGGUAAGGACAAUGCUCGAAUCGUUGAUUGCCGAUAAAAGCGGAGGGAAACGUACAUUAAGAAAAGAUAUUGAUGGGCAAUAUCUUGUGCAGAUUGACCAGUUUCAUAAAACGAGCUUUUACUGGAGCUACUUACUCAAUUUUAGCGAGUCUUUGCAAAAUUGCUGCGAUCUCUCACAAUUGUGGUACCGAGAAUUUUAUCUGGAGAUGACGAUGGGCCGAAAAAUUCAGAAAUGUACAGUGCGGCAUCAACAUAAUGAAGAAUGCAGCGAUUUGAUCACCAUGGAAAAACGCAUCCAGUUUCCUAUCGAAAUGUCUAUGCCCUGGAUUCUGACCGACCACAUUUUAAGAAGCAAAGAACCUUCAAUGAUGGAAUACGUUUUAUAUCCAUUAGAUUUGUACAACGACAGCGCUUUGUACGCAUUGACGAUUUUCCGCAAGCAAUUUCUGUACGACGAAGUUGAGGCCGAAGUUAAUUUAUGCUUUGAUCAAUUUGUUUAUAAAUUGAGCGAACAAAUUUUCGCUCACUACAAACAAUUAGCGGCCAGUAUUCUUUUAGAUAAAAGAUUCAGAGUCGAGUGCAUAACUCUUGGGGCCUAUUUAUUGCCUUAUCCAAGAGCGAACAGAUAUGAAACUUUGCUGAAACAGAGACACGUACAAUUGUUGGGCAGGAGUAUUGAUUUAAAUAAAUUAAUCACUCAGAGAAUUAAUGCGGAUAUGCAGAAAUCGCUGGAUCUUGCAAUCAGCAAAUUCGAAUCUGGAGACAUAACUGGCGUUGUCGAACUUGAUGGACUUUUGCAAGUGAAUCGCUUAACUCACAAAUUGCUGAGCAAGUGGCUAGCUUUGGACGAGUAUGACGCGAUGUUUCGAGAAGCCAAUCAUAACGUCCUCGCUCCGUACGGAAGAAUUACACUCCACGUUUUUUGGGAACUCAACUACGAUUUCCUUCCAAAUUAUUGCUACAAUGCAGCCACAAAUAGGUUCGUGAAGUGCCACGGGAUCCAAUUCGUCCAACCAGUUCACAGAGACAAACCGCCUCAAAUGUCUCAUCAUUAUCUCUGGGGAAGCAAGCAGUUAAAUCUCGCCUACACGACCCAAUUCGGUCAAUAUUCCGGAUUUGUUGGUCCUUAUCAUUUUCGGACGAUGUGCAAACUCCUUGGAUAUCAGGGAAUCGCAGUAGUCAUGGAGGAACUACUGAAAAUUGUAAAAUCCCUGAUUCAGGGAAGUCUUCUUCAAUUUACGAAAACCCUGAUGGAAGCUAUGCCGAAAGUCUGCAAACUUCCACGUUACGACUACGGAUCUCCUGGUGUUCUGGGAUAUUAUCACGCUCAAUUAAACGAUAUCGUCCAAUAUCCGGACGCAAAAACGGAGCUCUUUCACAAUUUCCGGGAGUUUGGUAACACGAUUUUGUUCUGUCUUUUGAUGGAACAGGCUCUGUCGCAAGAAGAGGUUUGCGAUUUGCUGCACGCUGCACCUUUUCAAAAUAUUCUACCGAGACCUUAUUGCAAAGAGGGAGAGAAACCGGAGACAAAACAAAAAAGACUGGAAGCAAAGUACGCGGCGCUUCAAAUUGUUCCUAAUGUGGAUAAACUUGGGACUGCGAAGCAAGCGAUGAUUGCAAGGGAAGGAGAUUUACUGACUCGAGAGAGACUUUGCUGUGGUCUUUCGAUUUUUGAAGUGGUGCUGAGCAGACUUCGCAGUUUUCUGGAUGAUCCGAUUUGGGUGGGACCGCCUCCAGCCAAUGGGGUCAUGAAUAUAGAUGAGUGUACUGAAUUCCACCGACUUUGGAGUGCUCUUCAAUUUGUAUAUUGUAUUCCAGUCGGUGAUACCGAAUUCACGGUUGAGCAGUUAUUCGGAGAAGGUUUGCACUGGGCCGGGUGUGUAAUGAUCAUCCUUCUUGGCCAACAGAGAAGGUUCGAGGCUCUUGAUUUUUGCUACCACAUCCUCAGAGUCCAACGCGUCGACGGCAAAGACGAAAACGUCAAGGGAAUCCACUUGAAGAGAAUGGUGGACCGAAUUCGAAGAUUUCAGGUGCUGAACUCCCAAAUUUUUGCCGUGCUCAACAAGUACCUGAAAAGCGGAGACAGCGACGCUACGAGCGUCGAACACGUUCGUUGUUUUCCUCCACCAAUUCACCCAUCUCUCGCCCACGCCCAACAUUAUCACGCCCCCGAAUAUUUGCGACACGUCAAUCAUCCAUGAAAAACCAAAUAGUAAUUCUAAGAAUCCGUAUUUUAGUUCACAGCCCAAGUAAAACCGAAUGAGAGUACAAAAUCGAGAGUUCUCGAAUUUGUUCCCCUUGAACAGAUUAUUAAAAAUUAAAUUAAAAUCUCGUCCAAUCUUGAGAAGCUGAAGAAAAAUAUCGAUUUUUCCUCGCCAGUAGAGCAUUUUGCGCGUAGACUAAGUUUUUAUAUGAGGCGCAUGAACAUUUCCCAAAUUUUAUUUUCCUUAAUAUUUAUUUUACCGAAUCUCGCAUGACAAGGAACAAAAUUUACAAUAAUUUGUAUUCUUUCAAAUCUACAUUCGUUAUCAUUUUUAUUCUUCGGAAUCAUGCAACAGAAAUAUCAUUUCUCAUCAAAAUAGUUCCACGAAAUUCAAAUCAUAUUGGUUAUUCGGUCAAAUAAAAUUUAGAACAAUUAGUAAUUCGGAAUAAAAAUGAUGUGAAAUAGUAUUUCGGUAGGAUAAAAAUGAUCUGAAAUAGAAAUUUGGGGCAGAUUCAUGCGCCUCUAUUUAUAGCAAUAUCGAUAGGUCAAAAUAUAUUAACAAGGAGGCUUAAAAAUGAACCAUUUCGCCUCUAGUAUAUCAUCCCAUCUCAACAAUGCAGUAUUUUUCAUCGCAUUUUCAGUUUUAAGUAUCCUCUAGAGUAAGAACUUUAAAUAAAGAAAGCAUUUUAUAAAUCCGAGUUUUCUGACUCUUUUCGCUGAAUUGUAACAAGUCAGGAAUCGGAUGGCGAAUCUACUCGCAUUAAAUACUUUCCAAUUUUACAAAUAUUUAGUACAAGUUUUUUUGUUUUGUUUUUGUUAACUCUGGUUUUGUGAGCUCACCCUUUUGUAUUUAGUGAAUUUUGCAACUGUAGAUGAUAAUAAAAUUCGAGCGAAUCGUAAACGUUAAA